AUGUCAGAAAAACAGAAUAAAAGGACCGCCCAGCCGCCUUUGGUUGAUAAAUUUCUUCAGGUGGGAAAGGCAGCUUUUGAUCCAGAUAUUCCAGAAAACACGAGAUCUCAAUCGCGGCUUGAAUUUGACAAAUUGAUUGAAAGUAAUUCUACCUUAAAACUCAUGCCCGUUUUGAAUCUUCUCGUUCAACCGGAUCGAGUACAACCUUGGUUACGAGGACCUUUGAUCCAGGCCUUGUCUCAUCUUCCUCUCAGACCGCGUGGUGUACAAGAUACAAUUGAAUUUGUUUUCUCAAUACACCCUAGUAAUGCAAGUAUGAAAGCAUCUGACUCUGUGGGUAGUCGUGCUGUAAACAUUUCUCAUGAAGCCAUGAGCUCCGCAUCAAGACUUUUGUCUUCACCUCCACAAGGCAUGUCGGCAGAGGAAUGGUUUGGUGGUAUUGCCCCUCAAUUAUUUGACCUCCUCGAUGGGAAGGGUGAAAAUGAAAUGGAUAAAGCAGCUUCUUACAUCAUUGGCUUUGGAACAUUGGGCCGCAAGAUUUAUGGGGCCCCAGGUGCACCCGGAUGGAAAUCAUUUGUUGAGCCGAUUAUUGGAACGAUAGAUCCGAAUCUCACUGCUCCAUCCACGAAACGGAAGUCACGAUUUGAAGAGAUAGUUGUUCUUAGAAUGCCAAAAGUUCUUGUUACAGCGGAAGAUCUUGCGAGAGCUUUGCGAAGAUUACUUACUCUGGUCACAUCACAUCCACAUCCAUCAUUGACGAAACGUCUCCUUAAUCCAAUUCUCUUACCACUGUGGGCAAUAUUUUAUAUCGAAAAGGAAGAUAGUACCAUAGGAUCUCGUGCUUAUGCAGAAAAGCUGCUGAAUAUUUUACUGCAGCUCUCCUCAUCAACGAUAUCCAAUAAUUCGGAAGGACCGCUUGCUAAGAUUUUACAAAACAUCUUAUUCCAAGGUAGAUCCGAACCUACUAAAUCGAGUUGGAUAUAUCAUUCAUCGAGAGAUAGCAAGGGCAUUCAGAUCGAGAAACUAUCGGAUCACACCAACUCGGGUCAAACCUUUGAUAUGGAACAAAUUAAUACGGCUGUAGAAAGAUUUAUUGUUCUUUUGAAUACUAUUCGUGAUUCUGAUUCUCAGAUAUCUCAAAUAUUUUUGACGUUGUGCCAGAAUUGGCUCUCACAAGCAAAGACUCGCACAACCCCAUCUAUUAUGAUUCAUGCUUCAUCAACACACCACGACGAAGAUGCUAAGCAGAAGUUGAUUGAAGCAAAAGUUUUACAAGAAAUGAUCAACACGAUGCCAGAGAAACUUGUCCAGGAUUCAAAGCAGGUAGUAGGACUGGUUGACGGUGUGUUGAGCGACUCAGUUGCCGAAAAUGUAGAUUCCGAGGACGAAGAGGGCAUUGUCGCUAUUGCAUUAAGUCUUUUGAAUAUUGUUCUCACAUCACCAAAUUUCAAGCCAACCCCUGCUAUAGAACCUGUUUUAGAAAGAAUCGAACAUUCUCUUCGGGCUUAUGGUCGCAAAGCAAACGCAGAAACAUCACAAACCGCACAAAAUCUUCUCAUCGUUCUACAAUUCCGCCAUGCACUUCAUGAUACAAGCGGGUCGUCAUUCGAAAAUGCUCCUAGUCGAGCAACAGAGGAUCGAAAGACUUACAAUCUUGCCAUGUCAUAUCUGACAUCUGUUGAAUCUCCUCCUCCCGUCAGAGUCCAAGGGAUUGAACUUCUUCAAAAUCUCAUCAAAGCUCGUAGUCCAAUACUGGAUAUACCAGCACUUUUGGUUUUGUUCUCCUCACUACUUCAAGAUUCAGAAGAAUAUGUUUAUCUUCGUACGAUCAGGUGUUUCAUCGAUUUGUCGAAGGUUCAUCCUAGAGCUGUGCUUAAGGAUCUCAUCGAGCGUUAUGCGGAUGGGAAUGAGGAUUAUGAUCUUGAUGCGCGUUUGAGACUUGGGGAAGCGUUACUUCAAGUGAUUCAAACCUCGCCGAUGAGCUUUGUGGGUGAUAUCGCGCGAACUGUUAGCGAAGGUCUGCUUUCUAUCGCUGGUCGAAGGGGAUAUCGACCGAAAACCGAGGCCGAACAAUUGAAACGUGACGAUCUGCAGAAAAUGAAGAUAGCAGACGCAGAAGAGGCUUGGGACGGCCAGGUUCCACAAUUGGACGAAAUUCUCGAACCGGAUGCCUCUCAUCCCGAAUAUGAUUUACUUUCCCAAAUUAUAACGGGUUGGGAAAGUAAACGCGGAGCGGAAGAUAUACGGAUUCGCUCAUCUGCCUUGGCUAUUCUCGGUGAAGCUAUAGAAUGUAACGUAACAGGUAUUGGAUCAAAGCCGAUAUCUAUGUCUGUAGAUCUCAGUAUUCAUAUUCUCACAUUGGAACCAGAGGUCGAGAAGGGUAUUCUCCGUCGAUCUGCAAUUCUUCUCAUUAUGAGCUUUGUCCGUUCAUUAGACAAGGCAAGAUCCGAGGGUAGAAAGUUAGGAUUCGGUUUCGUAGGGCAAAGCCUGGCUGAUAUGACGAGAAUACUAAAAUACAUUCAAGGUACGGACAAUGAUGGUUUAGUUAGGCAGCAUGCAAAUGAUGUUAUCGAAGGGAUAGAGUCGUGGCAAAUGAAUUCUUUGAUGCCGAUUGGAUAUUCAGGAUUAAGUGGUGGGAUCGAGGAUUUAACUGUCAGUGGGAUUGAAAAUUUGGCCGGUUUGGAUAUUACCCAGGUUCAGAGGAAUCCGAUCGCGGCGAGACCAAAGAUUGAAGAAAUUGAGUAG